GAAAAAAAAUAGAGGUUAAAACCAAAACAUUACACAAAAUGCUGCUAAAUUACCAGAUAAAACUAUGCAAAUCAAUAGUGAUAAACCGACGCUGCCUGGGCACAAGUCCUGUAACCAGUCAGUCCUUUCGGAAGUGGUACCAGCAACUGUGGACAACGGAACGAACGAACCUGCCGCCCUACAAUCAUUUCACUCAAAUCGGGGACCCGGUGUUGCGGCAACAGGCUGCCUUGGUGCCACAGGAACACAUAGGCGGGCCAGAGAUUGAAGCCAUAGUGGAGCAGAUGGUCAAAGUUCUUAGAAAGUUCGAUUGUGUGGGGAUUGCGGCGCCCCAAAUCGGAGUUUCCCUUAGAAUCAUAGCCAUGGAAUUUAAAGGGGAGAUCAGGAAGACGUUACCAGAGACGGUGUACCAGUCCCGCCAGAUGUCCGAGCUGCCACUGACGGUCUUCAUCAAUCCAGUACUGACGGUGACCAACUACACAAAACUGAAACAUCCCGAGGGCUGUAUGAGUGUUCGAGGAUUCUCCGCGGAGGUAGAGCGAUUCGAGGGUGUGAAACUUGCCGGACUGAACCAAAGCGGAGCACAAGGUGAACUGGAGCUGAGCGGCUGGAAUGCCAGAAUUGCUCAGCACGAGAUGGAUCACCUGGAUGGAAAGCUUUACACUGAUCACAUGGAUCGUUCUACCUUCGCCUGCACCUGCUGGGAGGCGGUCAACACAAAGUCCGGACGCGUGGAGAUUCCCUUCUACAAAUAGUUAAACCGCUGUUUGGAUCCAUUGCUCUGUACGUACACAUAUAUAUAUAUUUAGUAUGGAAUGGAAUGGUCGUAUCAGUCGUUGGCAAG